GGUUUUAACGCUAUGCUGGAAAGUCGUGCUUCCGAAUUCGGAGAUAUCCUUCUUGCCAUUCACCCACUGGUCACUAGUUCUGUUCGUUUUGCUCGUGCUCGGCCACUGUUGGAUCUGCUUCAGCUUCCUGAUGAGUAGCCUGCUCUCCACAACGAGCCUACUUCCUCUGAUCACUGUCCUUUCUGUGCUUGCCACACAAUUUCCCUAUUCCUUUUUGCACUCGGUUGGUUGUCCGCUGGGCCUGAACGCUUUCAUCAGUCUUUUCCUAUUGUCUGGUUACACCUUGUUGGUCGACGGCGUCUGCAAUUGGGAUUUCUAUGGUGUGGGCCUGCAGUGGGAUAAUCUGUUCGAGAUCGCGUGGCCAGGCGACACUAUCAGCGUUGGCCAUAUCCUGCUGAUCAUGCUUUUGGCCAGUUUUGUGUCCCUGCUUAUCUGUCUGUACAUGGAGCAAAUCCGGCCAGGUACUUACGGAGUACCCCGUCCCUGGCAUUUCCCCUGCUCCUGCUGCUGCCCCACCGAAAACCUGCUGCCCUACAAGCGGCUCUUCUACAGGUGUCUCGGGAUAAAUAGGGCUGCUCCGGAUGUGGAACGACCCGAAGUCGAACUGAUUGAGGCAGAUCCUGAGGGCAAAUCAGCCGGCGUUCAGAUAAUAGGCCUCAGCAAGACCUUUGGCAAAAUGGAGGCUGUGAAGAACAUCAGUUUCGAUAUGUUCGAGGACCAGGUUACUGUGCUGAUGGGGCACAAUGGAGCCGGCAAGACCACGCUGAUCAGCAUGCUGGCUGGAUUCAUUCCUCCCACUUCGGGCACGGCUCUGGUAAAUGGCUAUGAUAUCCAGAGGGAGCCCCGGCAGGCCCGGAGUUGCAUAGGCCUGUGUCCGCAGCAGAACGUCCUCUUUAAGCACCUCAGCUCGGUCAGCCACAUUUGGCUCUUAAGCCGGCUCCGAGGACUCACAGGUGCGGAGGUCAAGGCCGAGGUGGACAAGUACCUGGAGCAGCUCAACCUGAAGGGGAAGAAGAAAGCGGCAGCCCGGAAUCUAUCCGGCGGAAACCCACCGGCGGCUGAAUGUGGUUUGUGCCUUUUGCGGGGGCGUCAAGGUAGUCUUAAAUAAUUUUAUUAAACAGAGCCAAAAAUAUUCAAAUUGUAACAAUUAAUUUUUAAAAUAUUUUU